AGAGAGGGAGGAUGCUGCCAGCGGAAAAUGGCUGCUGCAACCUCAAGCCUAUCCUGAUACACCGAAACGACAUCAAGGUGGAGAGAGAGAGAGAGAGGGCGAGAGAGGGAGGAAGAGAGAAAGAAAGAUUAGGAAAAUGAGAGCAGAUAGAGGGAGAAUGUGAGUGAGUCUGAGUGUUUCCUGAAAGGAGGAUAAAAAGAGAGAGAGAGAGAGAGAGAGAGAGAGAGAGAGAGAGAGAGGAGACCCUGGGGUGGGCUGCUGCAAGCGGCGGGCAACACCGAGCCAUGGAGGGCGAUGUGCGUGUUCGUGCCGUGGUGAUGACACGUGAUGACUCCAGUGGCGGUUGGGUGCCCCUUGGAGGUGGCGGCUUCAGUGAUGUGGUCAUAUGUAAGGGGCGGAGUCACGACGGCAGGGGGCGGAGAGAGUACAUCAUCCGUGGAGAGCGGCUGCGAGACCGAGCACCGGUGUUGGAGUGUGCAGUGCAAAGGGGGUUAGUGUACAACAAGGUGAACCCCAUCUUCCAUCACUGGCGAGUAGAGGAUCGAAAGUUUGGCCUUACAUUCCAGAGUCCUGCCGACGCCAUCUCCUUUGAGAAAGGGCUUCAGACUGUCAUAGACAAGCUCGACAGAGGCUCUGACUCGCCCUCGUCGUCCACGCCAGAAGAGGCCGACACAGAGGACGAUGGACAAGCUUCCCAUACAGGUAGCGAGUCAUCGUCCAACAGCAGAAAGGAGAUGCUUCCCAAACCCAUCACCAUAGUGACGAGCGAGUCGUCGUCCACCUGCUUCGUGCGGCCGGAAGAGUUUAGUUUUGGAUCCAGCCAUGCUGUCACCACGCAGACGCCUGCUCAGAUACACACCAGGCCAGGACAGCACCAGCUCUCGCAAAUGACGACCGUGUUGAAUCCCCCGGCCCCUCCGCCGCCACCUCCCGCCCCACCUACUCCUCCGGUGGGUCCCCCGGCCUCGUCCCCUCUGUCCCCCCUCUCGCCCACCAUUUCGCUGCUGGAGGAGGGAGACCUGCGCAGUGUGGACCCUUGCAAAGACCUGUGGGGUUCUCGAGGCUACGGGGACUACAGGCGGGCGGGUGCCACGAGGACUAUGGUUGGGGGGCUGACGGGUGGCGUGGUGGUCGGCGGCGGAGGGAGCCUUGCGGACAAGUCGGAGCUGUGCGUGGUUCGCUUUGAGAAGGAGCUGGCGGGGGUGGGGACGGCGGGCUGCGACGUGACCGUGAGCCUGGACAGCAAAGCCUCCCAGCGCCUGUCCUCGUCGUCGCCCACCUGUAUGUCGAUGCCCAAUGCUGUGUCAGGCGUGUCCUCAGGUGCUGGUUCACCCCAGGAGACGGGCAAAGGCUCGCCUUCUCCCUGCUGCAUCCACGCCUCGCUGGCCACGCCCCGCUCGCGGACUCGUAAGAGAGGAGGAGGGGCCAGCAGCAGCGGCGACCCCGGGGUGAUCUCCCCCGACGACGACAGCCCCUGCCCUCAGGCCUCCUCGUCAUGCUCCUCCCGCUGCAUUUACUGCCGCUCAGUUUUCAGCGCUUCGGAGAACGGGCGGGGCCGCUGCAGAGACGCCCCCGACCCGGCCCUGCACUGCCUCCGCCAGUGGACCUGUGUGUGGUGCGCAGAGAGUCUGCUCUACCACUGCAUGUCGGACUCCGAGGGCGAGUUCUGGGAGCCUUGUUCAUGCGAUGACUCGAUGGGGGGCCACCCGCACCCCCUCUGCUGUGCCCGCUGGUUGGCCCUCCUGGCCCUGUCACUCUUCGUGCCCUGCAUGUGCUGCUACCUGCCUUUGCGCGCCUGCCUGCGAUGUGGGGAAAGGUGUGGCUGCUGUGGGGGAAAGCACAAAGCGGUCCGAUGAGGCCAGGCUAGGGGCGGGAGGGAGGGGGUUCCCUGGACCCGAGGGGGUUCUGGGUGUCGAGAGGAGGGGAGCAUCUGUAGGGAUGCAGGAGGUGGCCCUUAGAAGACCCAGACCUCCGACGUGGUCCUCCAAAGCCCCACAGCCUUCCACUGCAUUCAGCUCUUUCUCUUUUCAACCUGGGGCCUUCCUCACUGGUCCAUGCCUGCUGAUGGUGCUCUGCACUCAGACCAGGCUCUGUGGGAGUCAUCUGGAGCCUUCAUAGUGGAUUUACUGAAGGACGGCUGAUCUGCAGUCAGCUGUUAGUGACUUUAUCACAGAAAGAGGGUGGCAGAGGCAACAAUGAUGUGUACACUGUUUCAAAUGUCCGUUUGUUUUUGUUUUGUUUUGGGUUUUUUUUAAUUUAGGAAGAAAAUCUCAAAAAACAAAAGAUGUUUAUAUAUAUGAUUGUUAUAAUUUUAAUUGGUAUAUUUUAAUAAAUGUAAAACAUAUUGACAGAAUCCCCAAAUGGCACACACAUUCACGUACUCACAAACAUGAGAUCUUGGGGAAGUUCUUUGUUUCACGUUGGCCUGUUUGUCAGUCAGAUGAACAGAUGUCACCCUUUACCUCUAAUUUUACCUCAGAUGUUACUCAAAUCUCGGUUAAGGAAGGAAAAUAGGAGGUGGGUGAGCACAAUGUGUCCGUGCUGUCGUCAAGAAAGCCUGAGCAUCUGAGACCGCUGGUGUUGUCUUUUGGUUCAAGUCGUAGACCACAGUGGGGGGGGGAGGUUGUCAAAUGCAAAGAGACAAUUAUCGUUAAGGGAAGUUGCAAUGACAACCACAAAGACUUAAGUCAUAAUGUGAUUCAUAACGGUCCUUUGUAAACCAAACACACAGUUACUUUUUGUUUUCUGAUGAGAAAAAAUGAGCGUGUGUCGAACAUUAAACCACCCUCACUUUGCACAUAAUUUUUUUUCCAUCUUCCCAUGUAUUUUUAAUAUUAAUCAUAGAAAACCUCACAUCCCACCACUGUACUUGUUGAAUCAGUCAAGGUGCUUACAACUGAGGCCUCUGAGCGAGUCUAUUCUACCUAAUGUACACAACCGCUGUACACUCCCCAAAGAAAAACACCACAGGUCCCCACGCUAACCAAUCUGUUGACGCGUCUCGGCCUCUGAAUGAGACGCCACCAAAAAAAUGAAGUGCAAUGAACAAUGUAUGGAAAGAGUAUUUUUGUACCAGUUUGCUCACGUUAGGAAAGUGGAAAUGGAAAAGCGUUGCUGCUGGAACUGAAUAGUCGUGCGUUAUUGUGUUCGAUAUCAAGCGUAAAAAGCUAAACAGGAACACAAGCUUGUUCUUAGAGCAGCAGCACGUAGCUCGCAGGUGUGACGAUUAAACGUGUGUGCUGUUGACCCUGUGAUAAGAAAAGAGGCACAUUAACUUGAAAAAGAUGAAUGAAGGGAGGUCUUUGUCGGACCACAGUGGCAGACGUGUUUGCUGAAUGUUGCUUUAAUUAUGAAGUCAAAUAAGCUGCUAUUUGAAGUCCUGCCCUAACGCUAUUAUUCCAACUCUCCCGCUGCCUCGUAGAAAUCUGAGGUUUGUGUGAGAGUCAGAAACAAUCCUACAAGUGUUGAUUCCAACCAGGGUGCUGAGGAUGCUCAAUAGUGUCUGAAGAAGGCUUUUGUAAGCCUGGAUUAAAGAUAAAUUUUCCCCGAGAUGUGUUUUUAAAAUGCCUCUGGUGAUGCACUUUGCAUUUGUUUAUUUUGCUGAUUGAUGAUAUCAUUUAUUUUUACUUCUAGCAAAUAACCGGGCAGAGUUAGAUUAAAAAAGAUUCUAGAAAUCAGGAUAUUUUUCAAAAAUCUUCUGUUUUCCUCCACUUUGUGCUUCACAUUGCAAGGAGAUAAAAAUUACGAGAAAGUCAGAAUCAUCAGGUCCUCCUACAGAAAGUCGCUUGCAUCCAAAAUGCAAGAAAAAUUUAGCUUCACAUUUGUUGACUGGAUAUCUAAUAUCCUUUCAAUUCUUAUUAAUGCCUUUUUCAAUAUGAGAUGCUGGUUUUCUGACAUCAAUUAUGCAAGCUAACAUGAAUCGCUGAGAAAUAAAAACAAAUUCAGAAAUAUCGCAGAAUAACUCAUGAAAUGCAUCGAGCAUCACAGAAAGACGACAUCUUAAAAGUGUAACGGAAUCUUUGGGGGUGGUUUUGCUUUUAAAUCCAACAGUAUUCUUGUUUAAAAUGUAAGUUCGGACAUGUAAAGACUGAAUAUGCUCUAGUUUCACGUCUCUAAUCGAGGAUGACCUGGUGGACCUUAAAUUAUGGCAGAAUGAACCUUUCAGAAGCUUCACUAUAUUAUUUACAUUUUAGGUUUAGCCAAGAACUUUCUAUCCAAAGUGACUUAAAGCGAGUGAACAGGCAGCAGGUUUCAGAGUCAGGACACACAACUGCUGACGAACACAACCCUCGACCUCUCGGUUUACGGGACGUCGUCUUCACUACAAGGCCAGCCUGCCAACAGUGUCGGUCCACUUCACACAAAAAAGAAGGAAAAAAAAACCCCAAGACAUCCUGUCAGAGCUGCAGGAAACACAGUCGGUCACUAGACUGCCAUUCCCUGAUCCUAAAUUAACCCCUUUGUCCAGCACACACACACACGAGACACACAAGUUCACUUGAUGGUGCAGACAUACAGAACUAGUAAAGCCAUUGCACACAGUUUGCUACUUCUGGUUCAGAAAUGGUGUUAGAGUACAGUACUGACAGUCAUGCGAUCACAACUGCAGGCCCCAUUCUUACAUCUUAAUAAAUGUGCCUUUUGAUUUGAGUAAUCAAUAACUUAUGAUUUCUAAGUAACUCUGUAUUAAGUACUAUUUACUUUUUUGGUUAUUGAUUUCUGCCAAUGUGCAUAUUUUCAAAUGUACGUAUUUAUUAGUUUCAAAGUAAUUAAUGAGAUAUUACCUGUUUAUUUAUUUAUUGAGAUAUUUAUUCUGAUUCUUUAUUUUUUGAGACAGGUUUUUAUCUUCUGUGCUGUCUUACUUCUGACUUUGUGCCAAUGUGCUGCUUUGAGGUGUUACAUAUCGUGGGUUUGUAUCAUUAUUAAACCCUCACUCUAUAUUUUAAA